AAAAAAUUGGAAAACAUGUUGCAGACACCGAAAAAUAAAAUGAGUCAUUCUAUUUUUCGACGCAUAAACAAAACAUGGACAGUGAUUCCUCGUCUUAUUAUGAGACGACGUACAGCGAAGAUGAAAGAAUUGAAAAAUGGCUUCAAAAAAAGAAGAGAAAGCGGGCCCAGCGUGCCCAAGAAAUCGAUUUGGGCCGACAAAAACUGUUUGAAGAUUUUGCCAAAUCCGACUCGGAGAUUUUUGAUUUGCCAGGGGUAAAAUUCCACCGUUUUCGACACACAAAAAUCAAAUUUUCAUUCCAUCCGGCAUCAUUCACCAAUUUGGUCAAUCCAAAUGUCAUUUUUUACAUUUCUCUCAAACACGUUGGCACAUAUUGGGGGGUGAAAAGGGAUUCACUUCCAAGUAACUUCAAAUGGAGGAUUUAUAGUUUGUUUUAUGACGAAAAUUCUGAAGUUAAUGAUGACAAUAUUCUCUCAACUAUUAUGAUAAUUCACGAACGACUGAAAUUGUGGGCACAGAAUGAAGAAGAAUUUCGUAAGGAUAAGUUUGAGAGGUACAAGAAGGGUGAUGAAGACCUGGAACUGGAUUCAGACGAUGAACAGUUUUUUCUAACACAAGAUGAAAGAAAUGAACGUCUUCAGAAGAAAGUUAAAAUCCUUCUUCGAAUGAUACCUCCACAAAGAAGAAUAUAAAUCUAUUUUAUUUUUAUUAUUAUUUAUAUUUGUUAUUGUUAUUAUUACCCAUACCAGUAAAUAAAAGGUAUAGA